UUCACAGUGAAGACGAACAGGCUGGGCCAUCUUCAACCCCUGCCCCUACCCCCACAACAAGCCGACGGAGGUCUUCACCGAGGCUGCGUGUGGAAAACUUGAGUGAAGACGAACAGGCUGGGACAUCUACAACCCCUGCCCCUACCCCCACAACAAGCCGACGGAGGUUAUCAAAGAGCGUGCGUGUGGAAAACUUGAGUGAAGACGAACAGGCUGGGCCAUCUACAACCCCUGCCCCUACCCCCACAACAAGCCGAGGGAGGUCAUCACAGAGGGGGCGUGGACAGACCAAGUCAAGAUCUCCAGCCCAGUCAGCAGCCCAGUCAGCAGCUCAGCCACAACAAAGCUCUGAGCCAUGGAGAACUGAAAGUGAUCCUGACACUGCCCCACAAGUCAGCAGGUUCAUGCCCCGCAGAACACCAGGACCCCAGGUGGAUUUGCACUCAACGUACACACCUAAGGACCUUUUCCUGUUCUACUUCGCCGCAGACACUUUGAGGACACUGUGCAGGAAUACAAACAAGCAGGCAACCAUCAAUCAGCGAAAGGGGAGCAAAUACCAGUGGACUGAUAUUGAUGUUGAGGAACUGCACAAAUUUCUGGGUCUCCUCAUGUACACAUCCUUGGUGACUCUGCCAAGUAUCCAAGACUACUGGAAACAAAACCAAAUCCUGUCGGUGCCUUUUCCAGCUACUGUCAUGCCAAGAGACAGAUUCCGGACAAUAUCCUGGAACAUCCACCUCAGUGAUCCAGAGGAGGAUGUCAAAAAUGACCAGCUAAAGGGAACACAACAGCAUGACAAACUGUUCAGGGUCAGACCUCUCAUGGAUGAAAUUCGGACUGCCUGCAAGGCUUAUUACCAUCCCAAAAAGGAACUGUCAGUGGAUGAGAGGAUGGUGGCUACAAAAGCAAAAACAGGCAUGACUCAGUACAUGAAGGACAAGCCAACCAAAUGGGGCAUCAAACUGUUUGUGUUGGCAGAGUCAAAAAAUGGCUAUACUCUGGACUUCAAUGUGUAUGUUGGGAAAGCACACACACCCAGCGUACAUGGUCUGUCAUAUGAUGCUGUGAUGGACCUCAUACAUCCAUCACAUCUGGGCACAGGUUAUCACAUUUACAUGGACAACUUUUAUACCAGCCCAAAACUGUUCCUGUCAUUGGCUGGCAUGAAGUUUGGAGCCUGUGGAACCUACAGGAGCAACAGAAAAGGCUGUCCUACUGAUAGACAAAAUGCCCUCACCAACAAAUCUCAGAGGGGGAGUGUCAGAUGGAUCAGAGAAGAUCCCUUGGUCUUUGUAAAGUGGAUGGAUACACGGGAGGUGUCGAUGUGCUCCACAAUCCAUCCAGCGUUUUCUGGCGAGGCUGUCAAGAGGAAGGGGAAGGAAGGAGGACACUGGUCGGUAAAAGACAUUCCCUGCCCUACACCCAUCAUCGCUUACAACCAGCACAUGGGAGGGGUUGACCUGUCAGACCAGCUUUUACAGUACUACUCCACCCACCGCAGAAAUUCUCGCUGGUACCGUACACUGUUUUUACACUUUGUGGACAUGGCAACAACCAAUGCAUAUAUACUGCACUGUGAAAUCAGUGCAGCACAACAGGUCACACCCUUGACACACAAGCUCUUCCUGGCAGAACUUGUGGCCCAGCUGUGUGGAGUGAACCCAGCAGGUGUUCCCAUUCAAAGGAGCAACGAUCAUGUUCCUGUUGCCAUUUCCUUGCCUACAGAGGCCAAAGCCAAAGCUACACAAGGCCGCAGGAAUUGCCAACAGUGCCAUCAAGUGGACAACAAGAGGAUGCUCACUCCAUGGAAAUGCAAGGCCUGUGAUGUGCCCCUCUGUGUCAUUUUGGACAGGAACUGUUUUGAGGAGUGGCACAAAUAGGGUUAGGGAUGGAAUACAAGAAAAACGCAUAUGGCUAUACCUGCUUUUUAUUGUAAAUAGUUGUUUAUUGCUUGUAUAUAUCACAAUAGUACUUUUAUAUGUUCAUAUUUACACCUUAUGGUUCAAUUUGAACCUUUCCAAAUGCUUGGUUGAGCAUGUGUGUGUGUUUUACAGUAAAGAAACCAUCAUUUUUCUAAACGGACUUUGUGUUUCUUGUGUGUGUUUGGGUUCAGUAUGUUGAAACAGUAUGUCAAAGUGAAAAACUGAAAUACAGAUCUUAUAGGUGAGGUUGUGCUGAAAAAAAAGAUACCCAUCAUUUGUAUGGUAAACAUUUCUGUAUGUAGUAUAUCAAGGCAAACAUGAAGGUACCCAAAAACGGCCAAAAUAACCCCAGACUCCAAAG